GCACACGUGUCACGUGAAAUACGGGAUAUUCAAACGAGUACGAGUGAGCGUGUAAAUAUUAUGCAACCCGUGCAUUGUGUGCACUAUUAUCUUAUGUUUGUGGGUUCGGAACAAGAUGUGGUGACUGGAAGCCGCGGGGAAGGUGGAGGAGCGACCCGGUGUCAAAGUGUUUCUGGUUCCGUCGAUGACAGGAGAACACCGCCCAUCCUGCAGCUAGCUAGCCAAGCUCAGUCUCUUUCUGCUGGGUUCCCGGAGGACGGACGACUAGAGAAAAGGUCUCCCUCUGACAGCGAUGGCGUCAUUUGGAGCACCGCAACCGAAGGCCACAGACUGCCUGACCAAGGUGGCGCUCAGCAUCGCCUGCGAUAAUCUGCUGGACAUGGACGCCUUCUCCAAGUCUGACCCCAUGUGCGUGCUCCAGUUGAACUCCUCGGGUCCUCACUGGUACGAGAUUGGGCGAACGGAGAAAAUCCAGAACUGCCUGAAUCCCAAGUUUUCCAAGAGCAUCGUCCUCGACUACUACUUCGAGACGGUGCAGAAACUCAGGUUUGAAGUGUACGACAUCGACAGCGAAAACUGCACUCCAGAAGAAGCGGACUUCCUGGGACAGUUUGAGUGCACCUUGGGACAGAUUGUGUCCUCGAAAAAACUUACAAAACCUCUUGUGAAGAGAGACAAGACGCCAGCAGGGAAAGGAACGAUAACCAUUUGUGCAGAGGAGAGAAACGACAACAGGGUGGUGGCGUUGGAAGUUGCUGCCAGGUCAUUGGACAAAAAGGACUUUUUUGGCAAGUCCGACCCUUUCCUGGAGUUUUACAAGCAGACAGAAACUGGAUGGCAGCUGGCCCACAGGACCGAGGUGGUGAAGUACAACCUAAACCCCAUAUGGAAGCCAUUCAGAAUCCCGAUGCAGUCCCUCUGCGACGGUGACGUGGAAAAAUCUAUAAAGAUUGACUGCUACGACCACAACAACAGCGGCUCUCACGAUUUCAUUGGCUCCUUCCUCACGUCACUCUGUCAGAUACAGCAGGCAUGUCAGUCAUACGCUGCUGAGUUUGAAUGCAUCAACAGCAAGAAGAAGCAGAAGAAGAAAGGAUACAAAAACUCUGGAAUUAUCAUUAUAAAACAAUGCAAGAUAGUGAAGGAAUACACAUUUCUGGAUUACAUAAUGGGCGGCUGUCAGAUUAACUUCACGAUUGCUAUUGAUUUCACGGGCUCCAAUGGGAAUCCCAGUUUACCCACAUCUUUACACUACAUCAACCCUCAAGGCUACAACGAGUAUCUGGCAGCGAUCUGGGCAGUCGGUAACGUCAUCCAGGACUAUGACAGUGACAAGAUGUUCCCCGCCUUUGGUUUUGGCGCUCAGCUUCCUCCAACAUGGCAGGUCAGCCAUGAGUUCCCCAUCAACUUCAACGCCUCAAAUCCAUUCUGUGCAGGCAUAGAGGGAGUGAUCUUUGCCUAUCAGCAGUGUCUGCCUCAGGUGAAGCUCUACGGUCCAACAAACUUCUCUCCAAUCAUCAAUCACGUGGCCCAUUUUGGCAGAGAGGCCUUACAGCAGCAAACCGCCUCUCAAUACUUCGUCCUGCUGAUCAUCACCGACGGAGUCAUCACCGACAUGGAUCAGACGCGCAACGCCAUCGUCAACGCCUCGCGGCUGCCCAUGUCCAUCAUCAUCGUCGGCGUGGGAGCGGCGGACUUCAGCGCCAUGGAGUUCCUGGACGGAGACGACGGAGUCCUGCGCUCGGCCACCGGCGAGGCCGCCAUGAGGGACAUCGUGCAGUUCGUGCCGUUCAGGCAGUUCCAAAACGGUCCUCAGGAAGCUCUUGCUCAGUCCGUCCUGGCAGAAGUGCCGGGCCAGGUGGCGGGCUUCUUCAAUACCAUGAAACUGAGCCCGCCUCACAGCAACGAUCCUCCCUCUGACCUCCUGGCAUCGGCGCCCCCUAGUGAUGCAUGCUGACAACCAAACUUCUUCCUAAAAAAUGACGAGUCCCCUUCAACUCUGAAGCCUCUUUGUUAAGGCGUGUCAGUGUUUCGAACCUAACCUAGCAUGGCCUAUGCCGAGGGAUGGAAAUGUUACGGUAUGUUAACACUUUGCAGCAGUUUUAUAUAAUCCUCACAUUUCCCAGGUUUAGCCUCGUUAAACGAGACAUCUUAUGGCAUUACACAUAUUUGCUGACAUUCUUACUGUACCCCUGCACUGUCCUUUAACCUGCAUCUACAGCCCACUUCUAUUCUGCCUGUGUCACAAUAGAGGUGCAUCACUGCAUAUCUUUCUUCCGCUGUGUCUCCUUUGCCAUGGUUAGAGUGUUAAAUCAAACUAGCCCUUCAGAAACUAUUAAAGACAGUUUUGCUGUAUGUGGAAGCAAACAGUAUCUUGUCUCAUCUCAGAGUAGCACACACAGUAAACUGAAGGUGGCGUUACUACAGAGAAACAAACACAGAAAUACUUACAGACGUUAUUUUCUCAUAAGAUGUGUUAAAUUAUUUUAGUUUAACUAAAGAAAAAACGCCAAAUAAAUUUAGUAAAACAAAUGCCUGUUUCUACUUUGGUUAAGAACUACAAUAUUAGGUUUGUAACCCUUAUGUUUCUUGCACUGUAAUGUUUAAAAAGGGCAACUAUUGCUUCUGUAAGUAAAGUCUUUAUUUGUUUGCUCGCUCGCUCCCUCUCUCUCCAUUUAUAUAUAUGUAUAUAUAUAUAUAUAUAUAUAUAUAUAUAUAUAUAUAUGUAUAUAUAUAUAUAUAUAUAUAUAUAUAUAUAUAAUAUCAUAUCAAUUUCAUUUACCUAAAGAACAACAUAAAUGCAGUUAGUAGCUCUGACUUACUAUCAGUCGUAGUUUUCCAUCUGCCAGGGUGGCAUGACCUACAUCUAAAAAAGGUUACCACUUUUAGAUGAUUCGAUUGAUUGAUAGAUGAAAUGUUUUGAAUAAAUGUAUAUAUUUUUCAAGAACAAGGCAGCUAAUAUCAGCCAUCUCCUCAGUCUGUCAGUUCUGAAGUCCGAUGAUAUAAACGUAGUUUUUUCCUUAAUCCCCAUUUUACUGCAGUUACUUCCUUGUGGGUCUUUAUAUGUUAUGCUGUCCCAGAAAAUGUAAAUAGGUUUUAGGAUUCAAAGCGAAAGCUUGUCAAAUGUUUACAGAAUGGAUCAGCUAUAUGUCACUAUUAAUAAUGAUUUGUACUGAAUCAAAUUUAUGCUUAAUUUGACUGAUCAUUUGGUGCUUCUACGCGAGUGGACUGGUUCUUUAUUAGCAUAAUCAGGGAGACCUAAUAGAGGAAAUGUUUUAUAUACUAAACAUAUGCACAUAAUAGAAGACAUUCACUUUGUCUUAACAAGUGUCCAACUAUCCCUGUAUGUACAUUUUAUUUAGUAAAUGUAAAAACAAAUUUUUGACUUGUCUUGCUUUGUUAUAUGUCUUUGUUAUAUGUGUUGAUUCUGCCUGUAUUUUGUUUUUGUUCUAUUUUUGUCCUAUGCAAAAUUGAGUCUAUAAAAUCAAGAUGAUCAAAUAAUUACUGACUUAUUAUGAUGUUUAACCAAAUAUUUAACAAUUGGUAUAUAAGAAAGGCUUACAGUGAUUCAGAUACACAAUGGCAUUUAUGUAAAAAGUUAGAUGUUCUAUAUUACCAUCCAUAGUCAAUUUCCUAAUAGCCUUACAAUUCAUGCCUCAAGAAAACAAUAGAACACUCCUAUAUUACAAGUAAAUACUAAAACAUUUAGCUCGCUGGAUGUCUGUUUUUCUGUUCUUUUUACAUUUGCUAAAAUGGCAACAAAAAAAGCUGAGCAUUUUACAGGUUAA